UUUGGUUUGGGGAGGAGACGCAGCGCUGCCUCGCUUUUUUUCCUUUUUUUUUUCCUCUAUUUUUUCUGAAUUAGAUUUGUUCAUUUGGCGCCUCGCAGCUUCUCCUCGGCUCGCUCCUCCGGGUUUUCUGCUCCUGUUUUGGGGGAAAAGCCGAUGCAGCUCGGCCUGUGUAGUCGUGGCUGAACUGAAGCAGAGCGAUGAGCAGCAAUCAGGAGGUCCCGACCCCCAGCCGGGAUCAGGGGGACGGGGCCGCUGUCCCUACGGAGACGACCCCCUCUCAGACGGCCCCCACCACCUCCCCAAAGGCCACUGCCACUUCAGUGAAGGCGGAACCUCGUCCCGCGGCCAGCAGCCCACCCAGCAACGGCAAAGCCACCGAGGCCAACUUGCCAGCCGAAAUCUGUGUGGUCAUCGGCGGGUCUCGCAACUCCCAAGCACAAGGCUCCUACAUCUGCGGAAUAUGUGGAAAGAAGUACAAGUAUUACAACUGCUUUCAGACUCACGUCCGCGCCCACAGAGAGACGGAGGGCACGCCGUCCGGAGAGGGGACGCCCCACCUUCUGAACAACUCUUUCCGCUACACAUGUGACAUAUGUGGGAAAAAGUACAAGUACUACAGCUGCUUCCAAGAACACAGAGACCUGCACGCCGUGGACGAUCCUUAUGAUCAUGUGAUUCCUGUGGAGGAACCCGUGAAGGAGGAGAUCGAGCCGCUUCAGAAAAUAGGACCAAAAACGGGGAGCUACACGUGUGAAUUCUGUGGAAAACAAUACAAAUAUUUCAACCCCUAUCAGGAGCAUGUGGCGCUGCACACUCCAAUGAAAAGCUCUUACGCUUUAAAAUUGGAGGGCAAAAUGUCAGGGAAGUCCAGCCUCAGAGACGGCAACAAUUCCCAAAGCUCGAGCGAUACUACAAGCCCCAUGAUGCCCGCUUCCUUCCCCACAUCACAGAAAGCCUACACGUGCGGAUCCUGUGGCAUUCAGUUCCAGUUCUACAGCAACCUCAUGGAGCACAUGCAGUCUCAUGCCGCGGAUAAUGAGAAUCACACUAAGGAGGACUCUGCUAAACCCUGCCAAGCCCCCAUAGCGCCUCAGGAGCAGACCUGGAAAUCCCCUCAGCCUGCACAGAGGAACCACAUGCCUUCCUACCAGAACCGAUUGCUGCCAGAGAAGGAGCGGCAGCAGGUGGCUGAGCGCUUGCUGCGCAUGAUGUGUACAGACCUGGGUCUCCUUGGUGCUCUCAGCAGUAAGGACUUCCUCAAGUUGGCCCAGACUUUGGUGGACACGGGUUCCCGCCAUGGAGCUUACUCCAUUCGUGAUGCCCUCGGAGACAUGAGCUCCUUGGCCUUAAAGCAGCUUCCUCGCAUGUACAACCAGGUCAAAGUAAAAGUCACGUGUGCCCUGGGGUCAAACUCUUCUUUAGGCAUUGCCGUGACUUGCCAUUCUCAGACUAUAGGACCGGACUCCUGUUAUGUGCUUACCGCGUAUCAGGUCGAAGGGGUCCGGCUUCGACGCUACGUGCUGGGACUCAAAGAGGCCUCUAUAAGAGAGGGUCCUGAACAUGUACACCACUGGGUCCAGAAUGUCCUCUCAGAGUUCGUUAUGUCCGAGAUUCGCACAGUCUACGUCACAGAACCACGUUUGUCACUGUUACCUUUUUGCGGCCGUUCUGGUCUUAGCUUACGGUGUGCAGGGUGCUCGCUGGCAGCCACUGUUCAGGCUGUUCUCGGCCGGCGUAGUCUUCAGGCCAGGGGCCUCCACGAACUGGGAGAACUUUUGGCUACGUGCCGAGACAUUGCUGGAGCAACAAGCUUUAGCCGUGAGAGCAAAGCCACAGAUGAGGCUCCGCCACCGCCGUGCUGGGAUUCGACUGCUGAGGCGCUGCUCAAGGUCCACGAGAACUUUGAGGCAAUAUGCGAAGCGUAUGGCCGCUGCAAGAGCACAGCACCUCUCCUGCAGGGCCUCAACAAACACCUCCUUGGCACACUAGCGUGCUUGCUUGCACCAUUGCGCCAGGCAGCUCAGGAGCUAGGAGCUGACCGUUGGCCCACACUCCAGCAAGUACUGCCUGUCUACAUUCGCCUGGAGAAACUGUUCACUUCCAAGGCUGGAGAAGCAGGUGCAGGUAGCAAGCUCUGUCACUACUUUCUGGAAGCACUAAAGGAGAACUUCAAGGUGGAGAGAGUCCAUCAAGUGGCGAUGAUCUUGGACCCACAGCUCAAGCUGCGACCUGUCCCCGGAUAUCAGCAUGAGGAGAUUAUCACCAGGGCGUGCGACAUGGCCGCCAGCAUGAGAGAGCCUGGAAGCGGGGGCUCGUCCGGGAUCACUGGAGACGAGAGGGAUGGCGAAGGGCCGGCGGGUCCGAAGCGCAGCCGUAUGGACUGCGGGGUGGACAGGUCAUCCUGUGCAGCCGAGGAGCCGCAAGUUCGGAAGGAGUUGUUCCAGUACCUGGGCGAACCGCUCUUCCAUGCCACAGGUGAUCUGUUCCAAUACUGGAGCUCGGUCAUGGACAGAUACCCCAAGUUGUCCCGCUUGGCACUGUGGCUACUGGCAGUGCCUGCGGUGGGCGUCCGCAGCGAAUGUGUCAGCAUCUGCGAGCAGACCUUAGCGAUGAAGAAGAAGCGACAGGUCACUGCCGAGGAGAUGAACAAACUUGUCUUCCUCAAGUGCAAUUUUGCUUGAGGUGGUGCAAGGCCACCAGUCAAUGGCUCUAUAGACUGUUCACAAAAGAGACACUAGUGGAUCUAGACGCUGCUCUAGGAUCCCUUUGUAGCUUUUUGUCAUGUCGUAGUUAGAACGCUUGUUCUGGAGCAAAAACCUGUUCCUGGAUCUGUGUCCAUGAACGAGGCACCGUUAAGGGAGGGUUCUUUUCAUGGACGUCUGCUACGGAGCAAUACUUCGUCCAGCAGAGAUAUAGCCUACAUACACCUCAAACCUCAACUUUACCACUGGCCAUGAAGAAAAAAAGAAAAAAAAAAAGAAGCUAUGCCCGAAAAACAUGAAUAUGAACGUUUGUCAAUGCUUGAAUCGUCUACUUCAAACCAAAACAUGGACACACUGUAUGUUUCAUUGCUUUUUCUUUCUCCCCCCGCUAUUAAUUUCCAGUGCCCCACCUGUCCUCUUACCUCUUACACCUCCUACCUGAAAUACGUUACCUUUUUUUUCCCUGCCAAAUGGACGUUGGAUAUACUUUGCCUUAGUUGAAAACGAUCUUUUCUUUUUUUUUUUUUUAAAGUCUUUCGAAUUGCUGUUGAUUGAUUUUAGAAGCAGAAAAUACCUCUUUUUUACUUCCGUUCAUUGUUCUCAACCCUGAGUACCUGCUUGGCUGCUCACUUCCACUCGCUUGACUUAUUCAUUUUUAAUCUAUAACCUCUUCAAAUCGGUAUGUUAAUGGUCCAGACUGGUGGUGAUGAUGCGGAGCAUCACAUUUUGCUUAAUUUUCAUUUUCAUGAGAUUACGUUGAUUUACCUUGCAUAUGCAUGAGGAAUCUAUUAUCUAAAUGUGUUAAUCCCUCACCGUUUUAAAAGGUUACAUUUCCACCCAGACUGAGCGCAUAACAAACUGCGGUAGAUUAUGCAUCUUUGUUGACGUUAAUUUAUUUAUUUCUUUUAUGUUUUUGUGGUUUUUAGGUUUGGGAGCAGAUGUACAAUCAGGGGUAGUUUGCUGAAGGCUUGCGUGCGUUGUUAAUUGUUUCAUUGUAGGGAGUAUUUAUACAGUAAAUGACGUAAUUUUAGAACCGUUUUUGGAAAUCUGACUCCGAUCGGCAAGUUGAUUUGGUUCAAGUCUGAUUGCCAGUGCUUUCAUUACUGAACAGGAACUAGAAAAACACUCUGCUUUUCACUCUGAUAUCGAUGCUGUGUGUUUUCUGUGUGUGAAUUUGCUUAACUGUUUGUUGUUCUUUGCCUUUUCAGUAGAAUGUUUGAUUAUUUGCCAUUUUUCAUCCCAAAUUUGGCUUCUUUCUAUUAAAGAAGAGCUAAUUCCUGACGGCCUGCAGGCAGCUGGUGCUGAUGGAGGGUAUCUUGCAGCUAUAGGGCUGACUGAUGUAGGGAAAAUACUGAAUUGCGAGUUUUCUGACCAAUAUUACUGUUUUAGUGAGAUUACUUUUAAAUUUUCGGUGAAAUUUUAUUUGGAUGAGCUGUGUAAAAUCUCUAGGAAAAUGUGCAGGUGUAAAGUGAAAAAUCAAUAAUUGUCAAAUGAACAUUGGGCGCUAAACGUAAGAGUCUGCACAUUUUAAAUUCACAAAUUUAAAUUUGCUUGGUAAGCAUUAAACUUUUUUUAAAACAUUUUUUUUUAUUUUUAUUUUUUUAAAAGAUAUUUCAGGCAAGCAGCUAAAGGCCUGUUAUUUUUUAACUGCCAGUUCACAAGCUCCAUGUUAUUGUGGUAAGUUUCCCAGCUUAAAACUUUCAAAGACCAAUAACGUUCAAUAUAAUUAAAGUUAAAAUAGACUUCAGAAUUUUUGACGGUUCAUAUAUGAAAACGAACAUUAUGCCUUUUUGCCUUUUCGUCUAAAAAUAAUGAUCUGAUUUCUCAAUGUUUAGAAGUUCGUAAAGCUGAAUUGAAUUUUUUCCCUGAAGAUUCUGACUUCAUUAGACCCUUGAGGAAAUAUAACUAUUUUGAGAAGCAGGUUUUUGAAAGUCAAAGCAUUGAUUACAGCAACUUUUUCCCCCAACUGUUAGAAACAGGCUCCCGUUUUUUUUUUGGACGAGGGUCUCGUGUCACAAUGACAGCAUGUUAGUGUCCAAAAAUCAAGCAUAAUUCAUAAUAAUCUCCGCCAAUAAUUUCAUGUGGAGUUUGUGCUCCUGGUCAAAUUAAUUUUGUUGAUCCAAGUGAAAGUGAGUAAACACGUCCUCGAAUUUUAAUGGCCAAUUGCGGUUUAUUUGCUGAGUUUAGCAUAAUGGGAGGUAUAAAAGUGAAACACAAACUGUUGCCUGUGCAAAAGUUAUUGCAUAUUUUAUAUUAUGUUUUUGUUGAUCUCAGCAGAUGAAUAGAAAUUGUGCAGUAUGUAGAGGAACGUGUGCUCAUUUUCACGUUACAUCACAUUUCAGUGCCGUCAUGUGGCUUGUGGCGUUCAUAAAUCUGCCUGUUAGUUGCUAAUUGGUCUGGUCUUGGAGGUUGUUUGUCUCACUGUAAGGACUUGUUGAGUCAGGGCUGUAAGUGACUAAUGGUUCUGCUUCUUUAGGAAUGGCACCUCAGUAAACCCAUGACACCCGACUGUUUCCCGUCCUGUAUUUUGGGUUGUUCCUCACGUAAAAAAAAACAAUUCAAAGUCAAACAAUUGGAGACAGAAAAACGUUUAUUUCGUUGUUUGAAUUCAGGAUGUAUGAAUUCUGUUCAAAUAGACGGCAGCUACACUAUUGUUUGGUAGGAUCAUCUAUUGUUCUGUACCUGAUGCACUGGAUUUCAUUAAUAGUCACUAUGGUUUUGUCUUUUAUUCAUUUUUUUUGCUGUUUGUUGAAGACGGAAAAGGUCCCAGGUUGUAAGCAGGGCAAUUUUCAGUAACUUUUUUUUUUUUUUGUUUUGGUCAACUUUAAUAUUCACAAACCAAAUGGAUGUUUCAUUUUUUUUCUACGUUGCUCAUGUCCUGAUGCAUUGUGGUCUUUGUAGUGUUUUUAGGGUAACAGAUUUAAAAAAAAACAACAAAAAAAAAAAAAAGUGAAGAACUUACUUGACUCAUGAAAUGGCCUUCAAGCAGGAAA